AGACGUUGUGGCCCCGUAAGCAUGCGGAUGUAGAUGUGGACCGGCAGUGGUAGCACUUUGCUGCACAGAUGAAUCCAAUUUUCUUCUUAGUAGCGAUGGUCCUGCUCGCCAACUCGUCAUGGAUCCAGGCGCUGGGGAUCUUGUUGUGCAUGGUGGUUCUUUUCGCGGUCAAUUUGAUAUGGUCGCAAGAAUCCAUGCUGUACGUCCCCUGCGUCAUGCCGGGCAUGCAGAGGCCAAGUGACAACCCAGCGGGAUACAAGAGCCCCGCAGAGAAGAACUUGGCUUUCGAGGACGUCAACCUCACGACGGCAGAGCUCUGGAGAACAGUACAAACCGCCCGUCGUGAUCCUUCCAUGCCGGCAGCUUCCACCGCCACGGCGUGCGUAUGCGCGGGGAGCAGGCCGACGGUCUCCGCAUCCACGGCUGGUUCAUCCCCUUCUCGUCCUCGGCGUCGACGGCGCCGACGCUCCUCUUCUGCCACGAGAACGCUGGGAACAUCGGGCUCCGCAUUCCCAACUUUGAGCGGAUGCGCGAGAAACUGGGGGUGAACAUCUUGGCCAUCGACUAUAGGGGAUAUGGGUGCAGCGAGGGGUUCCCCUCGGAGGAGGGCCUCAUCGAGGACGCGCUGUGCGCGUGGAAGUGGCUGCAGGCCAAGGCAGAGAGGAAGGAAAUCGAUGGCGAUAAGAUCUUCGUGUUUGGGAGGUCGCUGGGCGGAGCCGUCGCGAUUGCUCUGGCCAGACUGCCGCCCUGCGUGCUGGAGGUUGUGUGCCCGCCCGCGUGGCUGCCGACUGGGAACAGCGGAGACGCUCGUCAUCCUGGUCCCGAGGCGCCGCCUCGCGUGGCGUCUCCCGCCGUCUGCCUGGCCCCCGAGCUGACCCAGGCUCAGGCGGAGCCUGAGGCGGAUUCGCUCGGCGCCCUCGCGGCGGCGGUCCCUGGCGUGCUGGUGGCGCGCAGCUGGAGGCGUGCCGCGCCUUGCGAGGCUGCUGUGGCCGAAUGCCCCAGGCUGCGGAGGCCUCGAUCGGGGGGCGUGAUGGCGCUACCCCCGCGAGACGUGGGGCUGGAGGGGUGGAAGGAGCUCCUGCCAGGCCAGCGGCUCAGCGUAGGAUAUAGUGACGAUCAGGUGAAGCAGGAGGGCGUGCUCCUCCACCCGAGCUGGCCGCCAGGCGCCCGGGCCGCGUUGACGUCUGACGCCGCCGAGUACGAGGAGGACGACACCGACGUGGGCCCGCAGGCGUGGCCCGUGGGCGCGGCCCAGAUGCCAGCAGGAGGAGGCGCGCCCGAGGGCUGGCCGCGGACGUCCCGCCGCUGUCGGGCGGCCCUCUCGGAGGAGGAGCUCGAGGCGGCGAUCGUGCACAGCCGCGUGCUGGUGGAGGAGCGUCUGCCGGGCCUCGCGCCGGGGCCGCCUGCUAAGGUAGCGGGCCCGGGCGCCAGGCGGGCGGAGGGGGCGGACUUCUUCGGCGAGGCGAGGCGAUCAGCGCUGGGGGUCGAGUACGACGCGCAGGGGGAGAUUUGCGAGCCCAUCAGGACCGCCUGCCGAGAGAGUCUGCAAGAGGCCUUCCCUGCCUGGCCCAGCGAGGGGCCUGUGUCGGCCUUGACGGUAUGCAGGAACAUGGAGCGCACGAACAGCGACCCCAGGUCCUGGCGGGGGGACUUCCUGAGGCCCAGAGGCGUCGGCGACAGUGACAGAGUGACGCAUGAGAUGCACGUUCUCUGCGACAUCCUCCUCUGGGCCGUGGUCUGCGCCCAGAUGGAUCUAGGCGACUCGAUGUGCCUGGAGACGGCGGCCAGGAGGAUCACGGAGCUGGUGGAGGUGUACUUCGAUCCAGCCAAGCCUGUGUGGGACGGCUCCCGCCUGUACCCUGGCGCUGUGUCCUCGGAUGACAGCGCGGAUCAGACCUUGCUGCAGUUCGCCACCAGGAGGAUCAGGGAGCAGCGGGAGGCCCAGGCGGAGCCCUCGUAUGACAAGGGCCCGCAGCGCGCCGAGGGCGACGGCACCACCGACGGCGGCGGCAGGGAGCGGCAGAGGCGCCCGCCAUCGAAGGACGUGAAGAGAGGGGUGGCGCGGGGUCGGCUUGCCGCCUCGCGCAGUGCCAGGGAGCUGUUUCCGCUGCCGCGCUGGCGCCUGCCUGAGCUGCGUGUGGCCGGCUCCGUUCGGGGCAGGGCCCCGCGGCGGCGUAAGAGGCUGGUGUUCAAGAUGGGUAACGAGGCGGUGGGCGCUCUGAACUGGCUUGCUGGUUGUCGGGGCGGACCGGCCUACUUCGAUCCCGACCCGAUGCAGUCUGAAGUUUUGGAGCGGAUCUGCGAGUUAGCCUCGCGGCGGUACCCAGGUCCCGAUGCUCUCAUUGAACGCGCGGCCGUCCGCCGGCUGCUGCGCGGGCAUGCACCGUGCGAUGGGGCGGGAUGCCUCGCCCGUGUCGCGCCUUUCAGAAAGGGCCUCGUUUCGUUACCCGAGACAGUGGAGGGCUGCCCGUCGUUUGAGGACGUGGCCCCUCCAGGGUUCCAGAGAUUCCUGAAGGGGCAUCCCGAGCGCAUGCUGCGCGCUGACAGUCCCUCUUCUACUGUGGCACCUUACUUUGACCCCGCGCUGAAGCGCAGCGUGAAGACCUACAGGCAGUUCAUCAGCGACCUACUCGAGAUCGCCCUGCCGGAUGGCCUGGGUCCCUGGAGCGAGGAGGCGGAGCGGCUACUCAGCAGCUACUCUCUGCAUGUGGGCCUGGCUGAUGUGAAGGACUGCUUCUACAGGUUGCGACUUCCUGGAUGGCUCUCCGAGUACUUCUGCCUACCCGUCGUGCCAGCGUACUUGCUGGGCGUGGAGGGCGAGAUCUGGGAAGGCAGGGCUCUGGGGAGGCACGAUCUGGUGAGUCCGUGCUGGACCGUCUUUCCGAUGGGUUUCACGUGGAGCUUGUGGGCUGCCCAGCGGAUCAACGAGUACCAGGCGAGUUCCCUCUGCCCGCAGCUGCACGAGAGCCCCCUUUCCGACCGCGGCAGGCCCCCCGUCUUCGGCCCCAGCGUCCCCAAGGGCCACAUCUCGCACUACGUGUACGUCGACAACCUGGGGGUGGCCUCCACCGACCAGCCCAUCGUCACCGAUGCGAUCGCACAGCUGGUUGAGGGCUUCGACCAGCGCGGCCUCCUCCUCCACGGCAGCUCCGUGGGCACCGAGGUCGAGACGCUGGGCACUGAGGUUUCGGGGGCCCUCUGGAGGACGAGAGUGACGCAGAAGCGGUUCUGGCUCAUUCGACAGGCCCUGAACGGCCUCCUUCGACGCCGCCGCCUCACAGGCUGGGCGGUCGAGGUCCUGGUGGGCCACUGCGCGUUUGCGGGAUUGCUGAGCAGGGGUACGUUGAGCGUAUUCCACACAGUCUACGCCUUCAUGCGGAAGUCAUACGCCGAGCCCAGCGUGCUGUGGCACGAGGCCCGCCAGGAGCUCGAGACGUUCCGAGGCCUCCUUAUCUUUUUGGAGAGUGAUUGGACGCUGCAGUGGAACGAUCUGGUGGUGGCGACCGACAGCAGCUUGGAGGCGGGAGCUGUCGCGACCACCCGAUGGCCUCGUUCGCUGGUGGCCGAAGUGGGCCGCGUGCAGGAGCGCGCCCGCUUUCGGGAGCCCGCGGCAGCCGAGGCCGACGGCGCUGCCGGGGCCGCUCCUGCUGCCCGCCGCGGUGCGCGAGAGGCGGCGCUGGAGGCGGCGGGCUUCUGGCGCGACGCCGAUGGCGAGUGGCGGCUGGCCGAGGGCGUGAUCGACGACGACGAGCAGGCCGCUGCGUGGGAGGCGGACCCCUCCUUCCGGAGGACCCCCCGAGGGCCGCAGCUCCUGCCGGAGCUCACCGCGGCCCGGCGGGCGCAGGACUGGAGGGCCAGGCUGAGCUUGGCCGAGCUGCCGUCAGCGCCCAAACUGCCCAGGCGCGAGCGCGGCCUCCAAGCCCUCCCCCAGGACUGGUCGCACCCGAUCGUGGCCAGCAGCGUCGACGGCGGCAGCACCUCCGACGAUCAGCAGGUCGAGCCAGCCGGCGAGAGGCGCGAGGGGGAGCCGCUGAAAGAGGCAGCUCGGAGGCGGGCCUUGACCAUGGCCCCAGGGAUGGGCGAGGCGAUGGCCGGCUACGUGAACCAUCUGUCCUUCGAGGGCCCCGAGAACGCCAAGGGCUGUCAGGAGAGGGCAGGCCUCAUGUACAGGUUCGGGGAGUUCUUGAGGCAGGACAAAGCCAUGGCACCUCGGGCGUGGAAGGGCCUCCAGGGAUGGCGCAGGCUGGCGCCCCGGCGGGGCCGCCGCGCAAGGCCGUUGGCCCUCAGGUGCGGGCUCGCCUGGCGCAUGGGGGUGCAGAAUGUGCUGCCGAUGGCGGUGCUCCUGCUCGCGAUGGUCUCCGGCUACCUCUGGCCCAGUCGUCGGCUGAAGUUGGCGAGAGGCAACGUCAUCGCUUCUGCGAUGGGAGAGUGCCGUCGGUGGUCGCUGCUGCUGUUGCUGGACAACAGGUGGCACAGCAUCGAACGCGUCCGGAGCGUGGAGGUCCCGCUGCUCUUCCUCUGCGGGGAGAAGGACGAGGUGGUCCCUCCCGACCACAUGGUCAGGCUGGAGAAGAGCGCCGUCAGAUCGAGGUCGCACCGCCUCGUGCUCUUCCCAGAAGGCCAGCACAACGAUACCUGGGAGAAGGGCGGCGCCCAGUACUGGGAGGUGCAGGCCGCCUUCCUGGCGGAGUGCUGGCCCCCCAGCGCCACGCCGGGGGGCGCCGAGGCCGCCACAUGA